GGGUCCGUCCGGGCGCCCCGUGCGUGUCCCCUCCCUGCCCUGGCCGACUGCCGCCGCGCCAUGAACGCCAACGGCGCGGGCGAGGGCUUCCCGGGCUCCGUCCAGUUUCCAGGAGGAACCACCGUCCUGGUGGAGCUGACUCCCGAUAUACACAUCUGUGGGCUUUGCAAACAGCAGUUCAAUAACUUGGACGGCUUUGUUGCCCAUAAGCAAAGUGGCUGUCAACUGAGCAGCGCUACCGCAGGCGGCCCCGGUCCGGUCCAGUUCGUAGCCGAGGAAACGGUACCCGCGCCCCCGUCCCACACCACCACGAGGACCAUCACCUCGGAGACGCAGACUAUCACAGUUUCUGCCCCAGAAUUUGUUUUUGAACACGGUUACCAGACCUACCUGCCCACGGAAAGCAGCGAUACCCAGACUGCCACAGUUGUCUCUGUCCCUCCCAAAUGUCGCUCUCGGAAGGCCGCGGCCUCGCUUGCCCAGAAGAAACUGAGCUGCUGCUACCCAGGUUGCCAAUUCAAAACAGCCUAUGGCAUGAAAGAUAUGGAACGUCACCUGAGAACUCACACAGGCGAUAAGCCCCAUAAAUGCGAAGUGUGCGGCAAGUGCUUCAGCCGGAAAGACAAGCUGAAGAUGCACAUGCGGUCGCACACGGGCGUGAAGCCCUAUAAAUGUAAGCACUGUGACUACGCGGCCGCCGACGGCAGCAGCCUGAACAAACAUCAGCGAAUACACUCCAACGAGCGGCCUUUCAAAUGCCAGAUCUGUCCCUACGCCAGCCGCAACUCCAGCCAGCUCACCGUGCACCUCAGAUCGCACACAGGGGAUGCCCCCUUCCAGUGCCAGAUGUGCAGCGCCAAGUUCAAAAUCAACUCGGACUUGAAGAGGCACCUGCGUGUCCACUCGGGCGAGAAACCGUACAAGUGUGAGUUCUGCGACGUGCGCUGUGCCAUGAAAGGGAACCUCAAGUCCCACGUCCGCAUCAGGCACGGCUCGGAAAACAGCUUCAAGUGCCCGGAGUGCGACUUCCAGUGUGGGAACAAGACGAGCCUCCGGCUCCACGCCCGCGCCCACCAGCCCGAGCAGCCGGUCAAGUGCGCGCAGUGCAGCUACUCCUGCUCCAACAAGGCGGCCCUCAAGGUGCACGAGCGCAUCCACUGCAAAGACCGACCUUUCAAGUGCGAGUUCUGCAGCUUCGCCACCAAACAGCGGAGCAACCUGACCACCCACGUGAAGAAAGCGCACGGCGACCCCGUCAAGCCCAAGGAGCGGUCCCCGGAGAGGAAAGGAGGCGCGGCGGGAGGAGGAGGGGGAGGCAGGCCGCCGCCGGCCGGCUCCCGCCAAGUGGCCAGACUCGACGCCAAGAAGGCUUUCCGGUGCGACUUCUGCGAGGCUUCGUUUGUGCGGGAAGACUCCCUCCGCAGCCACAGGAAGCAGCACGGUGAGUACGGCUUGUCCAGAAACGCGGAACUGGCGGUUCUGCAGCUUCAGGUGGACCCCGGCAGGCAGGCCACCGCUCCUUUCGCCGUCGGUCACGUCCAGGUGCCCCUUCAGCCCGGCCAGAUUUCCCAGUUCGGUGAAGGCGGGGUCAAAAUCAUCGUCGGCCAUCAGGUGCCUCAGGGCGAUACCAUCGUCCAAGCGGCUUCGGUCAACGUCGCCUCCGCCGCCCCGGCCGCCCCCAACCCGGAUGACCUCCCCGCCAGCAGCCGGCUGCAGAUAUUAAGGCAGGUCAGCCUGGUCACCCCGCCGCAGGCUCCGAACGACGCCGGCGCCAUGGGCCAGUCCACGGUUCUUCUGGCCACCAACGACCAGGCGGACGGCGCCGCUCUGCACCAAACUCUCAUCUCCGUCCCUCCGGGGGGGACUCACGAAUCCCCCGCCAACCAGACUUUCAUCACCAGCUCGGGCAUUAGCUGCUCCGACUUAGAAGGUCUCAAUGCCUUAAUACAGGAAGGCACCACUGAAGUGACCGUGGUCAGUGACGGAAGCCAAAAUAUCACCGUGUCAACCACAACUCCCCCUCCUAUAUUUUCCUCACCCUCCCACCCAGAAUUACCCAAACAAACUUACUCCAUCGUUCAGAGCGGGGCUCAUUCCGCUUUGCUGUGUCCUGCAGAUGCCAUACCGGAUUAGUUGUCUAAAAAAAAAGUUGCUUUUCCCCCCUCAGAAUAGCACCCCCGUCACGAUUAAAAAUAAGUGGAAAUAUUUGUCAAGUUUCUGUUUUGUAACUUUUGAAGAGUUCAGCGUAGAGUCCUUGAAUGAGAAUUUUUUUACAUGGUGAUAACCUGUGAAAAUACCAAUUAAUUGUCAUUUUACAGUCAUUACCAAAAUGCUGCCUAUUGGAAGGGAAAUGAAUUAAAAAUAGACUGAACAGUAGUGAAUGCAAAAACUGCAUUCGUGUGUAUUUUUUAUUUUUUUCAGUUUCCAGAUUCCAUCGUUCGGAGCGGGGCUCAUUCUGCUUUGCUGUGUCCUGCAGAUGCCAUACCGGAUUAGUUGUUAAAAAAAAAAAGUUGCU